AUGACUCAAUUUGACGGUGAGUCUAAGAAACUUAUUCAGCCUGUGUUGGAACAUGAGAAGAAGAUUAAGUAUUACGUACAUAACGAACAAGUUUUUGACAUUAUUCAUAUGGCACAUCUGGAAACUGGACAUGGUGGAAAACAUAAGUUGGUAAACAAUAUUAAAACAAAGUACGUAAAUGUAACAAGAGAAGUGAUUCAUAUCUAUCUUGAGCUUUGUCUCAUCUGUAAAACAAAGAAAACCCAUCUCAAAAAAGGUAUUGUAGUAAAGCCUUUGAUAUUUAAAGAAAUUAAUCACCGAGCACAAGUAGACCUAAUCGACAUGCAAACGAGCAAGGACGGAGAAUAUAAAUUUAUUUUAAAUUAUCAAGAACACUUAACUAAAUUUGUGUGUCUUCGCCCGCUAAAGACCAAGACUGCUGUAGAGGUCGCUUAUAAUCUUGUAGACAUAUUUUGCAUUAUUGGUUGUCCAUCCGUCUUACAAUCAGACAAUGGAAGAGAGUUUUGUAAUAGCGUUAUCGAAGAAUUAAAAAGUAUGUGGCCUGAUCUUAAAAUAGUGCACGGUAAACCGAGACAUUCUGAGAGUCAGGGUAGUGUUGAACGUGCAAACCGAGAUGUACAAGACAUACUUAUUGCCUGGAUGGAGGAAAACAAUUUGACUAAAUGGUCUCAAGGAUUACGUUUCUGUCAAUGGAAAAAGAAUACCAGUUGGCAUUCUGCAAUCAAACAAACACCAUAUGAGGCAAUGUUUGGUAGAAAGGCUCACGUUGGUCUUCGAUCAUCUCAUUUACCAUUGUCCGUAAUAAAUGAUAUAGUAACAGAAGAAGAAUUAGAACGCAUAAUUGAUUCAACUGAAAUACAUGACAACGGAUCAUCUGAGACUACCAAUAAUACACCUAUUACUGAAGAAGUUCGCGAAAACAUUGAUUUUUUUGAAAAUGUAAAUUCUGCGUCGGUUGUUCUAAUAUGUUCUAUUUGUGAGAAAGGAGAUGGCGACAUAUAUCACUGCACAGAAUGCAAGGUGCCUGUUCAUAAUUUUUGCUGUGAGUUACCAACAGAGAACUCUAACGUUUUAUGUCAUAAUUGCACAGUCAAACGCGAUCUCAUUUCUAACAAAAACAAAGCGAUAGACGGUAUUCAGGAACAAGCUAAAAGAAUGUUGCGCAUGAGCGAGAAAAAAUUUCCAUCUGCUGAAGUUGGAGUCAUAUUAGAAGUGACAGAAGAUGGAUUGUACAAAAUCGGCACCAAGAGUGGCAUUUUAUCUUCUCUUUAUUCUCGAAAUCAGUUCGGUAUUUGUAACGAAAUGUUUCUAUCUUCAACAGAUGUACCACAGUGUGAAAUGUCACUAUGUAGUAUCAAUGCUGAUCAAUCAGCGUUUGGAUCUCAGGGCUAUAUUAAAUGUAGCUGCAAAAUUAAAUGCACAACAAACCGUUGUAUUAAUUCCGUUCAUCUAGCGCAGCUUAGCCCACAGAGAUUUGACAAUGUCGACAUUGCCCACUUGAAACCGGGCAAAGUCAGCAAUGAAAUAACAGUUGCUGACAUUGCCACCGCUGGAUGGGCAGUGUUGACUUUGCCCACAUCAAAUCGGGCAAUGUCCGCUAAUAAAGCAUUUUAA